AUGCGCACUAUCGUCUCAUUCGUUCUCCUUUCAAUCCUACCUGCGUUCGAGUGCUUGAACGAGGGAACUGCGGACUUGGCUUUUACCGAUUUCCAGCAUAAGUUCGGUAAAAAAUACGAGUCUAAGGAGGAAGAAAUGAAAAGGAAUGCCAUCUUCCAAGCCAAUCUCCAUCACAUCGAGCAAGUCAACGCUCAGAAUCUGUCUUACACGCUGGGUGUCAACGAGUAUGCGGACCUCACACACGAGGAGUUCGUCGCCCAGAAGGUCGGUAUUUUAAAGAUGGAUGCGAGGAGGGAUGUUAAGUUUGAUGUUGAAGCUAAUGCCACAGAGCUCCCAACCGACGUGGAUUGGAGACAUGCAACUGGCGAUGUAUUAACCCCGAUUAAGAAUCAAGGAGCCUGUGGAAGCUGCUGGGCUUUCUCAACGACCGGUACUCUCGAGUCGCUGUAUGCCAUCGGCACGGGUCAGCUCCGGUCGCUCUCCGCGCAGCAGCUUGUCGAUUGCAGUAGAGGCUAUGGGACCGGUGGAUGUGCUGGAGGCUGGAUGUAUCAAGCUUUUGAUUAUGUAAAGGAUAAAGGGAUCGAUCUAGAGUCAACCUACCCUUAUGAAGGAAGUGACAAUACUUGCCAAAACUCCCUUGAGAAACGAUCCGACGGCAUAAAGGCCGGGGUUGUUACUGGCUGGUCCCAGCUAGAACGAACUGAGCAGGCUUUGAUGACGAAGAUAGUUAAAAGUCCAGUCUCCGUUGCCUUGUAUGCUUCGGAUCAUGAUUUCCAAUUUUACAGCGGUGGAGUAUACUCGUCUGAUAACUGUAAUCAUCAGAUUGAUCACGCUGUUGUGAUGAUUGGUUAUGGCAGCGUAUUUGGACGAGAUUAUUUCAUCGGCAGAAAUUCUUGGGGAACUUCCUGGGGUAUAGCUGGGUACUUUUACUUGAAGCGAGGAGUUUCCAGUUACGGUCAAUGCAACGUACUCGAGUACAUGUAUGUUCCGACUAUCAAGAUCCAUAAAAAAGCGUCUUGA